AUGUUGGUUGGUUUUCCAUGGUACAAUUUUGCCAGCCUUACAUUCAAGAUAAAUCAUGGGAGUUCGUUCAGAAAUACGGUAUUUGGAAGGUCAUACAUAGAUGGGCUUGUGGAUCACUUUGAUUUUGUGGACAUGGAUGUGUUUUCAGUGCACGAGUUAGAUAAUAUGAUGUCAGUUUUAGGGUACAAUGAUGGAGGUAUAAUGUUUUACCAUUUCAUGAUCCCAGAGACAAACUUAGAUAAUGGAUUGUUACCUCUUGGCACCGAUCAGGAAGUCAUUCAGCUGGCAAGACGCAGAAUAUGGUGGGGAAAAAAUCUACAUGAUGUUGAGUUUUUUGAGGAUGAAUAUAGUGGAAGUAAGGAAAGUGUUAGUGAGGGUCCUUGGAGUGAGGGUAUUAAGAGUGAGGAUGUUGAUUGGGUUCAAAAAAUGACCAAAGAAGCAAGUGGUAGUAGUGUUGUUGACUUUACUGAAUAUGAAGAUUUGGAGUCAAGAACCAUUAAAGCCUGCAACUACAAAUACAUUGCAACAAACAUUCUGAAGCAAAUUGAGAGUAAUCCAACCAUUCCAGUCAAUGCACUUCAAGAAGAUCUCAUCCAAAAAUUCGAGAUGAACAUGUCAAGAAUGAAGACAUGGUUUUUGGAACAACUUGGUGAUGAUCUGAAACUUUAUGCUAAUUCAAACUUCACUUUCAUAUCAGAUAAGCAGAAGGGUAUCAUUCAUGCAGUUUCCAAACUUUUCCCUCAAGCUGAGCAUAGGUUCUGUCUGAGGCAUAUUCAUGAAAAUAUGAAAAGACAGUUGAAGGAUAAAGAGCUCAAAGAUUUUGUGUGGACAUGUGCAACUUUUACUACUAUAAGGCAUUUUGAUAAAGCAUUAAAAGAGCUAAAGAAACUCAAUGUUGAAGCUCAUGAUUGGCUAAUACAGAUUCCUCCAACUCAUUAG